GGCUAGAGAGUUGUGUGAUCUCAAUAUUAAUUUUUCCCCGUGUUUGUUUCCCCCGAAAAAUAACCUCAUAGUGUCGACAUGGGUUGCCAAGAUGAGCUUCUAGUCAAGAAAGUCUGUGAGAUGUAUGAGAAAAUCUCAAGGCUUGAAAGCCUCAAACCAUCCAAAGAUGUCAACAUGCUCUUCACCCAACUAGUCCUCAUGUGUAUGCCACCAAAUCCUAUUGAUGUAACCAAGCUUUGCAAAAGAGUUCAAGAACUUAGGUCAAAGCUCAUAAGACUAUGUGGUGAAGCUGAGGGACUCUUAGAGAGCCAUUUUUCAACCAUCUUGGGAUCAUUUGACAACCCUCUUGACCAUCUCAAUAUCUUCCCUUACUUUGCCAACUACAUCAAACUAAGCCACCUUGAGUUCACUAUCCUCUCCCAACACCACACCAAAGUCCCCAACAGUGUCGCCUUCGUGGGGUCCGGGCCCCUCCCCCUCACUUCAAUAGUCCUAGCCACUAACCACCUCACCACCACCGCUUUCCACAACUACGACAUCGACCCUUCCGCCAAUUCAAUGGCCUCUCGCCUAGUUUCGUCCGAUCCUGACUUGUCUAAACGAAUGUUUUUCCACACGACCAAUGUAAUGGAAGUUACGUGCGAGUUGAAAGACUACGAUGUCGUUUUCUUGGCCGCUUUGGUGGGUAUGGACAAGAAGGAAAAAGUUCGAGUCAUAGAUCAUUUGGCUAAGUACAUGGCUCCCGGAGCGAUUUUUAUGCUGAGGAGUGCUCAUGGUGCUAGGGCUUUUCUUUAUCCGGUGGUUGAUCGUUGUGAUCUUCGAGGGUUUGAGGUUCUUUCUGUGUUUCACCCUACUGAUGAGGUUAUCAAUUCUGUUGUGAUUGCUAGGAAGUUUCCAAUGCCUAUGCAAUCACUCGAUCAAGGGCUUGGCAAUCUUAUACUGCCUUGCAAAUGUGGUGAUCAUAUCCAAGCCUUUAGUUCCCUCAACCAGCUCAACAUGAUUGAGGAAUUGGCUAUUGAGGAGCAUCUCUCAUGAAAAACCCCUCUCCCUCUCUAAGCUACAAAUCUAUGAUGCACCAUAUGGAAAUUGGAUCCAUUUAUUGGUUUUGAACCUUUGUGCAUGUCUAACUCUUUCAUCUUCUAGCAAUAUAUAUGUAUUUUCCCUGUUGUGUAUUUAUUUGAAAUUUCAAGAAAUAAAAAUAACCCUUCAACUUGUGUUCCAAA